AUGUUCAACGGCACCGAGCCAGGAGGGCCGCCGCCUGGAAGCCCUCCUACCAUGAAGUACGAGGGGCCCUGGUUCACCACGCAGCUCGUACUUUCCGGUUCGAUAGGAUUAUGGGCGUUUCUCAUAUUCUCGUAUUGUCGGACCCGGUGGCCUCUGUAUUUUGCCCCAAGAACGAAACUGAAAGGUUUCUCUCCUCACGAGGCCCACACUCACCCGGCAUUCUUUGGAUGGAUCCUGCCCACCAUACGGACGUCAGAGUUCACAGUACUGCAGAUAGUCGGUCUGGAUGCAGCUGUGCUCCUCAACUUCUACAAAAUGUCCUUCUAUCUCUUCUCCAUAUGCUCCUUAUUCGCAAUCGGAAUUCUCAUGCCCAUCAAUUGGAAGCAUAACAAAGAUCUGGGGGAUGCUGAGGAUUGGCCUGAUGAAGGCGAGGAUUGGUCAGGCGAUGACUACAAUAACGAUUGGCCUUCUCUUUUACGCACCUCGUUCGCUACGACAUUCAAUGCCACCUUUCCUACUCAGCCGGGGAGCGAUUGGCUCGACCUCCUGACCGAUGCAAGUACUUAUCUCUCGAUACACCUCGUCUUCACCUACCUCUUCACGCUUCUCGCGCUUUAUCUUACGUACAAGAACUAUCGCCGUUUCAUCCGUUCGCGGCAACUCUUCUCGUUGGAGCUGGUGCAUUCCAUACCUGCGCGUACAGUCAUGAUUACGAACCUCCCGUCACAUCUCCAGGGGGAACGCGCUCUAGCAGAAUACUUCGAAAACAUGUCUCUCGCGGUCGAGAGCGUGACGGUCUGUCGCGAGGUUGGUGCUCUCAAGAAACUUUUGGAUAAGCGAACUGCUGCGCUCUUGGCCCUGGAGAGAGCAUGGGCGGCUUAUGUUGGAAAUCCUAGCUCCGUCGAAGCCUAUGAUCCGGAGGAAACUGUGAUGCCUCUGGUUGAUGUUGAUGUCGAAGCACCUCAAGCACUCCCGACACGGCUUGUCGUUCCUCACCGAAAACGUCCAACGCUUCGUUUAGGCUGGUUUAAGCCCAAGGUGGAUGCAUUGGAAUACCUGGAGACGCGUUUCAAGGAGCUUGACGAACAGGUGAAGAAGAAACGGCGAACUGGUAGGUUCAAAGCCACCCAAGCUGCCUUUGUGACAUUCGAGAAAAUGUCUAGUGCAGUGAGUGCAUUUUCAAACUCUCGGCGGCGAAGAUCCGAUAGGCAGGCUCUCCGUUUCAAUCACAAUGUUCGCGUGAAUAUUUGCGAGUUGUCCAUCACGCGACAACUUGAAAAUAUUGCAUACGAACACUUGAAAUGGAUCGCCAGCACAUUGGCCCUGCAGGUCGUCCAUGCAAAUAAUCCAUGGCAGUGUACGACGUAUGCUGCUCCCGAGCCGCGUGAUAUUGUCUGGUCAAACAUGACGCCAUCUCAGGCUCACAUACGGACGAGAGAUGCCCUGGUGUUAGGCGCCUUAGCUCUAUUGUUCUUCUUCUGGUUCUUCCCUAUCACGGCACUUGCUAGUCUUCUCAGUUACGACGAAAUCAAGAGGACUUUACCUUGGUUAGGCAGGCUUAUUGAUAGCAAUGCUAAGGUGCAGGCUGUGGUACAAAACUCACUGCCGUCUGUUGCUAUGAUCACUCUGAAUGCAUUGCUACCUUUCCUGCUGGAAGGGUUGACUUACCUACAGGGCUAUCGCGCUCGAAGUUGGAUCGAAUACUCGCUGUUGAAAAAAUACUUCCUCUUUCUUCUGAUCAACGUGGUGUUCAUCUUCCUCCUUGCGACGACAUAUUGGCAACUCGUUCGAGAUCUAGCCAAUUACCCAGCGAAGAUUCCAGAGAAAUUGGCAAAAGCCCUUCAGUCGGGCAAAGCUCGGAAUUUCUUCCUUUCUUAUGUUAUUCUACAAGGCCUGGGUAUAAUGCCGUUGCAGCUCCUAAAUCUCGGUAUAAUUGUACCUCGAUUUAUUUUACGACUAUUUGUUACGCGAACUCCGCGUGAUUUUGCGGAGCUAAAUGCCCCUCCUAUGAUCAACUACGGCGUAGUCUAUCCCCAGGCUAUACUCAUCUUCACUAUUACGAUUCUCUACAGUGUUGUACAGCCGCUUAUCGUCAUUUUCGGAUCUGUGUACUUCGGCGUUGCCUAUGUUGUUUACAAGUACAAGCUCUUGUUUGUGUUCUACAAACCCUACGAGUCCCAGGGGCAGGCUUGGCCAUUGACCUUCGUACGCCUGAUAUGGGGUGUUGUGAUAUUCUUGGUCUUCAUGACUGGCUUCUUCAUUCUUUCUAAGUCAUUCGUAAUGGCGUCCCUGCUCACGCCUUUGCUGGUGGGAACAGUUGUAUGGUCUUGGUGGGUUGACAAGUCACUGAAGCCGUUGAGCGAGUUCGUGAGUCUGAGCUCUGUGUAUGAGGUUGAGAGGGGGGAAGAGACAGCAGAUGUAGUGAGAUUAAGAGCAGGCCACCCGGUUACAUGGUCGCAGAGCAAUUUGAAUCGGAGGAGGUAUGCCCAGAAUGACGAUACGUUGUAUGUUGCGCCUGAAGACGAGCGAACGGAUUAUUCACAACCGCCAAUGGCUAACUGGUACAGCGGUGUUCUAAACACUGGCAAACGACGGUACGGGCAUCCGGCACUCAAUGGUGUUCUCCCCGAACCUUGGCUACCUCUCAAGAAGGGUCAAACGCUUGUCAACGGCGAUCGGAGUAUUACCCAUCGACAAAGCCGGGAUUCAAACCAAGCUGUUGUUCUGACGCUGCGCAAAAAACCGAGCAAAGUACGGCGCACAAAAGCAUCCAACCCUCCCACGGAAGAGCCUUAUGUCGAUGGUGUGCCAGGACCGUCAGAUUCGGGUGUAUCGAGCAACCGCUGGGAGGAUACACAGGCGCCUCCUGCGCGACGCGUGCAAACGGAGCCAGUGCCACUCUCACAUCGGUUGAGCUAUGAUCAGGCCUCGGGGGUUAUCAUGCUGCCGGAUGACGACCAUUGGAUGGGAGAUGAGAUUGACAGUGAUGAGGAGGACUAUGGGGCGGUCACUGGGGAUAGUACACCCCCCGGGGCUAUGAGCGAGACGGUGGCAAGGAGCCAGCCGGUACCGAUGAGUCCAGGACGUUCAAGGUACGGCACGUACUUCCACCAUCCAGAGCGGAGGAGGCAGCCAAUACCUGGUGCUUUCCCGAGGUCGUAG